AUGGCAGCCCUUCAAGGCUUGUUAGACUCGCCUUCAGGCAAUUCUACCGUCAUGGCUGGUGGAAAGACCUUACCCGAUGUAUCACUUGGGUCCAUCGGAUCUAGUUUUCGCUCCGAAGAUCAAGAUGUCGGUCGAAGGGCGUUCAGAACCCCAGCAUCCAAAGCUCCGAACCUCCCAGCGAUCAUAUCCCCAGAGACUUCUCAUUCUGCUUCUCUCGCCACUCCCUCUCCCCAACAUCCUCCGUCCUCUGCUCUGUUGACUCUUUCGCCGAAUCAACAACGUCAACCGAUGAUCCGGAAAUCGAGUUCAAAUUCUGAACUACGACGACCCGAUUCCGCCUCGAGACGCCCACGAGUCCUCAGUCGAAUGUCUAUGGAAUCUGCGAACUCAGAAGACAGAAUAGCGGCAGGACGGUACGAAGGCAUGGAAGAUGAGGACGAAGAUGAGGAUGUGACGCCAGGGACGGCCGCUGGAAUCCUGAGUACUCUAUCCAUCAACGUCAGUCCUGCCAAGAAGAGGGGCGGAGUGGAAGGGAAAGGUGGCAAGCAACGAGGAGGAAGACAUAGUAUUGGCCCGGGAGACGUCUCUGGAACGGGACCUCUGACAUUGAGAGACCAAGAGCAGCAAUUGAACGCCGCGAAGAAGGACAUUUUCAACCUUCAACUCGAGAAUCACUUCCUCAAAGAGCGACUGUCCAAUAUGGCUCCGGAUCAUAUCGAGGCUGCAUUGAAAGAAAACGUCAAGCUCAAGCUCGAGAUCCUCAAUUUAUCCAAAGACAUGAAGAGGUUGAAAAAGCUGUUAUUGCAUCAAGAUAAGGAUCUGGCCGAAGCCCAACGAGAGAGGGAGGGCGGCGAUCGAGGUGCGAAAAGUCGCGAAGCAGAGAUACGCGAGUUGGAGGAUAUGUACCAGAGGGAAAAGGAGCGUCGGAAAGCGGCUGAAGAUCAAUUGGCUGGCGGUGGAGGGGAAAUGGACGAGUUGAGAGCCACUAUUGAUGAUCAGGCCCAAGAGAUGGAACGAUUGCGUGAUGAGGCGGACCGCGCUAAAGAGGAGCUGGACGAGCUAAAAGUUAAUCUGGGCGACAGUCCUGCAUCAAGUCGAGAUAGGGAGGCGAGGAUGAUUGCGAGGUUGGAAGAAGAGAAUGCCCAGCUGCAGGCAGACGUCGAAGCUCUGCAAUCAGAAGCGCCUCGAGGAGGAGCCGAUGUGGAGGAGCUGGAGAAUCGAAUUAAUGAGCUUCGAGAUCAACUCGCUGCCGCUCAAUUGGAUUUGGAUCGCAGAGAUCAAGAGUUCGAACAGCUCAACGAGGAGUUGGAUUCCAAAGUGAAGGGUCACGAACAAGAGAUCGAACAGCUCAAUGAGGAGUUGGAUUCCAAAGCGAAGGGUUACGAACAAGAGAUCGAACAACUCAAUGAGGAGUUGGAAUCCAAAGCGAAGGGUCACGAACAAGAGAUCGAACAAGUCGAAGCAGAGUGGAGAAACGAGGCCCUUGAGAUCCGCGAACAAGAUGUCAAGGAACUCCGAGAGAUCUUACAGGAGCGUGAGGAAGAUCUUGCUGCUGCAAUCGAGCAAGUCGAAGAGCUCAAAGCUGCUCGAGCCGAGACUCAUGACCGACUGGAGGAUACUCUUAGGAAUAUUGAGAUGGACAAUGCUGAGAAGGAUGCGGAUCUCCAAGCGGCAAACAGAGAAGUCGAAGAGCUCGGCCAGCGUAUAUUCGACCUUGAAGACGCCGUUGAGCAAUUCCGAGCGUCUGAAGACAAUCUUCGAGCCGAACUCCAAGGUGCCGAUGAGGCAUUCGAGAACUCCAAAACGCAAUACGAGACGUUUAUCGCCGCGCUCAAGGAGGCUCGUAAGAAGCUGCAAGGUGAACGAGAUGAUGCAAUCGCCGAUGCAAGGGAGGCAGAAGAUCGAGCGAUGAACGAAAGAGAAAAAUGGAGGUCUGAGAGUCGGGCAGAAGUACAAGACCUGCGCAAGCGACUGUCGCAAAGCGAAGAGCUCGGAGCCCAGCUUCAGUCUGAACUUGAUGCUGCUCAGGACAUAGUGACUCGACGAGAUAGAGAACUCGAGUCUGUACAGAGAACCGUUCAAUCAUUGGAGGACGAACGAGAUCGACGAAUGAGCGAAGGCAGAGACUCGGUUCGACUACAGGGUGACAUCUCUCAAAUGAGACGGGAUCUCUCGGCUGCUCAGGACGAAUUAGAGCAAGCGAGAAGCGAUCUUGCAAGGACUGAAGAGAGAAUGAGACAGAGAGAUGUCGAGAAGGGUCAGAUGAACGCACGCCAGCACGAACGCGAUGCCAACAGUCUUCGGGAGCGAUUGGAGGAGCUCGAACCCAUGUUGACGGAGACUCAACAAGAGAGAUUCCAACUUCAGCGACAGUCUGAGCAACAACGACAGGAGCGCAGCGAUUUGUUGCUCAAAGUACUGAAAGAUAUCAACCGGUUCUUGGGUACGGAGGACCAAGAAACUCCUGCCAACUUUGGCGUGUUCCGAGAUACGCUCUUGACCAGACUUCGGGCCAUGACUGGAGCUAAGUCUGAUUGGGAGAAACGAAUCAAGGAGUCCGAGGCGUCGAUGGAUCAAAAGAUGAACAAUCUGAAACGGCAGUUGGAGGCAAAAUGGAGAGCUAUUGACAGCUUUGAAGCUGCUAUCAAAAAGCUUGAAGCGACGCGAUUGCAGUGGAAGAACAAGUACGCUGCCAAGGCUGGCGAACUUGAAGCGGCAAAGGCUCAAAAUGCCGAAUUGGCUCAUCAACUAUCCGGCUCGAAACCUGCUGAAUCACCUGGUGGAUCAUCGGCUGCUCUCCGAAGUCUUACGGAGCGAGCACAGGCCGCCGAGAAACGUUCUCAGAACCUGGCAAAUCAGCUCUCCCAUCUCGAAGCCAAGCUCGCCGAAGUUCAGGCAAAGGCUGGUCAAGCGGAGGAUCGAUGGGCCGCUCGAGUCAAAGAGUAUGAGAACAGAUUACGCAUUGCAGGUGAAAAGAUCAAGACGGAGAAACAGGGUGGAAAGGAGAGAGCUAGGCAAUUGGAGGAUCAAGUCAGGGAGCUUGAGAAACAUGUCGAUGCUGCUAGAAAGAGGAAUCUGCGAGCCGAAGGUGUGGUGGCUUCUGCUGCUCAUCUCAUACCGGAUCCUUGA